AUGAAGCGACGUGUGUGGAAUAACAGCUCAACCCCGACACAUACGCGUCGUAAGCCUGAAUGGAAUACAUAUCUUACUGACGAUGCACAGUACAAGCUUAAUCAGCAGCAACAGCUUCAGCGUGCUCUUCAGCAGCUAAGCACAGCGCACUUUUCGGGUCGUAGUCCAGCCGCAUCAACUUCACGUCGUCGACUUAAAGCCGCGAACGCUCAUAGCUCAGCGUGGAGUACACCACGUAAACGAGAGAAAGAUACUUAUAGAGCUACACAUUUAGACGAGGUAAAGGAUACGGGAGAGCUCAAUACUCAGCGACGACUACAGUUUGAUGUCUCGACAGAUCUAGAGGAGACGACGCCUCGGCGACGAGCUGGAAGAGCCAAUACAGUGUCUUUUCAAGAGGCAAAGAUGGAUUCAAAGCAUAAAAUGACAUUGCAAACAGAACUGGAAGUACUAGAGAAGAUGUUGUGGCAAUUAGAGACUGAGACCGAGAGUUGUACCAGAUUUGGGACGCCGCUUAAGACAACCACAGAGGAGGAAGAGAUAGUACAGCAUUCUGAUGGGUGUUCAGAGCCAGAGGAAGAACGAGAUGAGAUAGAUAUGGAUGCUCGGCUUGAAGACAUUUGUUAUAAAUCGCUUGAAAUUGGUCUAGAGCUGGCUCGAAGGGUAGACUCACUCAAAACUCAAGUUGAUAGUGAUCAGAAACUUCGGGUCGAUCGAGAGCUACAAAUAAAUAUGCUGACACAGGAAGUGCGCUCAACUCAAGCCAAGUGCAAUUACCUUGAGGCAAAAUAUCAAAGUAUGGCAGCCGAAGUCGAUGAUAUGCGAGAUGCUGUCAUUGCCACUGAACAAACCAUUCAUAGAAUGACAUUGGCGCUUGAAAACUCCCAGCGUCGGCGGGUCAAAUCUUCCUAUCCAACGACACCACGCAAACCAGGUGACAACGUUCAAGUAAGCUCCCAAAAGGGAUCAACGCCAAAGAAGCAGAGCAAUGUGCAAGGAAAGUUGAGCUUGAGACCUGAUCUCCUGCUAAGCAUCCUGUAA